AUGGGGGGUGUAUCCCACCAAACGUCAAGGCUACUCCGGCCUCGUGGCCAGAAGCUCCUUCCCCAACGUCUUCCACGAAACUCCGCAGUGAGCGCCACACCCUUCAUCCAGAUCCAACGACGCGCCCUGUCAAAUUCCCGUCGAGCUCUAGCUCCAGAUUCUAUUUUCAAUGGCUUCAAAUCUGGCGGCUCAUACAACGAGGGCCCAACCACUUAUUUUUCCAACCGACAAUCCCUCCCCGCGAACACCGUAGUGCGAUUCGUACCACAGCAGACAGCAUGGAUUGUCGAGCGCAUGGGAAAGUUUGACCGGAUUCUAGAACCUGGUCUGGCGAUUCUCGUGCCGUUCUUGGACCGCAUCGCUUACGUGAAGAGCUUGAAGGAGGCGGCCAUUGAGAUCCCCAGUCAGAAUGCCAUCACGGCAGACAAUGUCACCCUCGAGCUAGACGGCGUGCUGUAUACACGGGUUUUUGAUGCAUAUAAGGCAAGCUAUGGAGUCGAAGACGCAGAAUAUGCAAUUUCGCAACUCGCGCAGACGACUAUGCGUUCGGAGAUCGGUCAGUUGACCCUCGACCACGUUCUCAAGGAACGUGCCAACCUCAACACCAACAUCACCAAGGCAAUCAACGAGGCGGCUCAGGAAUGGGGUGUCGUCUGUCUUCGUUAUGAGAUUAGGGAUAUUCAUGCACCGGAGAAGGUCGUUGCUGCUAUGCACCGCCAGGUGACUGCGGAGCGCUCCAAGCGGGCUGAGAUCCUCGAGUCUGAGGGACAGCGCCAGAGUGCGAUCAACAUCGCCGAAGGUCGCAAGCAGUCCGUUAUUCUAGCUUCCGAGGCCCUGCGCGCUGAAAAGGUCAACCACGCUUCUGGUGAAGCCGAUGCUAUCUUGCUUAAGGCGGAGGCUACCGCUCGCGGCAUCGAUGCUGUUUCCCGGGCCAUUGAGGAGGGUGGCGAGAAUGCACACAACGCUGUCAGUCUCAGUGUUGCUGAGAAAUAUGUCGCGGCUUGGUCGAACCUAGCUCGCGAGGGCACAGCUGUUGUUGUUCCGGGUAACGUCGGUGAUAUGGGUGGUAUGAUCGCGAACGCUAUGGCUGUCUACGGCAAGGUCAGCGAGACACAAGCCCGGGGUUUGGCGAAGAAGGCUCUUGGGGUUGAGGGUGCCUCUCGAUCAUCAGAGACCCCCCAACACAACGAGGUAUCGCCGCAGAGCCAGGCUCCGACUUAUUUUGUGGGACAGGCUGAGCAGAAGACACAGCCGAAUGUCGCAUCGAACACCGCGAUGGAAGGGUUUGAGAUUGCCGGCAACGAACAGAAGCAAUAA